GAGUCGCAGUCGCAGCUACAGCGCCAGGCAGCGGAGACUAGAGGGGAGGCGGUUGGAGGGAGACGGAAGUGGCCGAGCGCAGGGGGACGCGGAGAGCGGAGGGGCCGCGUUGUCACCAUGGGGGCCGUGCUGGGCGUCUGUUCUCUGGCCAGCUGGAUUCCAUGUCUCUGCAGUGGUGCAUCAUGCUUGCUGUGUCGCUGUUGUCCCAACAGCAAGAAUUCUACAGUGACCCGGCUUAUUUAUGCCUUCCUACUUCUCCUCAGUACUCUUGUUGCAUGUAUCAUGUUGGCACCAGGAAUGGAGAAGCAGCUGCAAAAGAUACCUAAGUUUUGUGACGGCUUUGUUGACUGCGAAGCUUUGGUUGGAUACAGAGCGGUCUACCGAAUCAGUUUCGCCAUGGCCGUGUUUUUCUGCCUCUUCGCGCUGCUUAUGAUAAAAGUGAAAUCGAGUAAAGAUCCAAGGGCUUCUGUGCAUAAUGGGUUUUGGUUUUUCAAAAUAGCUGCAAUUGUUGGCAUCAUGGUUGGAGCAUUUUACAUUCCCGAAGGGCCUUUCACAACAGCACUCUUUGCUAUUGGCACUGCUGGCGCCUUCUGCUUCAUUCUCAUCCAAUUGGUGCUGCUUAUAGAUUUUGCUCAUUCCUGGAAUGAAUCCUGGGUUGAACGAAUGGAAGAGGGAAACUCUAGAUGCUGGUAUGCUGCUCUGCUGUCGUGUACUGCUCUGAACUAUAUCCUGUCGUUCAUUGCCGUUGUGCUUUUCUAUGUCUUCUACACGAAACCCGAUGGUUGUGUUGAGAACAAGUUUUUCAUCAGCUUUAAUAUGCUUGUGUGCAUUGCUGUGUCUAUCACAUCAGUCCUUCCUAAAGUGCAGGAGCACCAGCCUCGUUCUGGCCUUCUCCAGUCCUCUGUCAUUACCCUCUACACCAUGUACCUCACUUGGUCAGCCAUGUCUAAUGAGCCUGAUCGCAACUGUAACCCAAGUCUUCUGAAUAUCAUCAGCCAAAUAGCUUCACCUACUGCCAUCCCCAUGAAUGCAACUGAUACAGCUCUUGUUCCUACUUCUGCACCACCAAAAUCCCCACAGUGGUGGGAUGCACAGAGCGUUGUUGGGCUUAUUAUCUUUGUACUUUGUCUCUUGUAUUCCAGCAUCCGAUCUUCUAAUUACAGCCAAGUGAACAAGCUGACCCUGUCUGCAAGUGACAGUGUCAUUCUGGAUGAUGCUCCAGGCACUGCUGGUGGUGAUGUAGAAGAUGGUGAAACCCGGCGGGUCUUGGACAACGAGAAGGAUGGUGUCCAGUACAGCUACAUGUUCUUUCACUUCAUGCUGUUUCUUGCCUCCCUCUAUAUCAUGAUGACUCUAACUAAUUGGUACAGCCCUGAUGCUGAAUCCAAAACUCUGACCAGCAAGUGGCCAGCUGUCUGGGUCAAGAUCUCCUCAAGCUGGGUCUGUCUCCUUCUUUACAUCUGGACUCUAGUGGCACCUCUUAUCCUUACCAAUCGGGACUUCAAUUAAAUGAUAAUUUCCCUGAAAGCAUGGAAAUAUGAUGUUCCACUCUGCUGAAAGCCAAAUGUUCUGUAUUGCUUCUCGGAGCCAAGACUCUACCCAUCGCUCCUGUAACAUACAGAUGAAUAGAAAGCUAAUUCGUAUAAUGCUUGAUGCAAGAUCUAUAUUAUGUACAUUUUGAUGUGUUUAAUUCAAAGCUAGCUUUACUAUUAAUCUACUACAGCUGUGCUGUUUAAAGUUUUGUUAUAAGCCUGUAGUGUAAACAUCACACACUAUCAGAAGAAAGCUUAAUUGAGCUGAAAGUAAUAUAUUUUAAAGUUCUAAUGCUUCAGUAUAUGGAAGUGAAAGCCAUACUGCAAGUGUACAUUCCACAUCUGGAAAACCUAUCCAGUGGCGCUUUUUUAAUGAGUAGAAUUUGCUUUUCUCAGUAGAGAACAGCAUGUUAAUGUAGUGUAUCAAGUGAAAAUUAGCAACUUUUAGAUCAUUGUAGAAGGCAAAUUUUAUACAAAGUAGGUGUUGUAAACUUUAGUAUUUGCUAGUUAAUUUCCUUAUAUUGAAAUAUGCUUUAAACAGGUUCUUGAAAUUAAGAAUUCACUGAAGUGCUGUUUUCUAAUACAACCAAUGCUUAUAAAAGUCAGUACAUCACUUUCUCCAUUUUGGUGUUUAAUAUUUGCACUAUAAACAAACAUGUUUGAUUAAAA